UUUAUCCAAGACCAAAAUCAGCGUAUUAUUUCUGAAAUAAACCCUCGCUCGUCCCUUUCGCAGCCAUCUUGAACUAAGCUACCAGGCCACACCGCAUAUAUGCGGUGUAUUUUCGCGCAUGCGCAUGCAAUAAAUACUGGACCCUCUUUCACGCGAGCCAGAAUGUCGAGCGCAAAGAGAGUCCCAGGUCUGGACUACCAUAUUCCUCGCUCGCUCUCUAUUCCUGCUGAAACUCCACAGGAACGCUUACUACACAGGCUAAGCUAACUUCAAUUCUAGAAUUCGGGAGCCCUGUGGUGUUAUGAAGACGAGGCUGAUCGACAAGGUCGUGUAGCGUUCUUGACAACAUGGAUAACGCAGACCUUGAAAAACUCGCCAUCUCUCCGGGCAAAUUAAGCCCAAAAUUCCAUGCAAACACCACAGAGUACCAGGUCACAUUAGGCAGCGAGGUCGGACAACUUAAAGUCGAUCCUCUAACAAGCGAUUCCGGGGCCUCCUACGCGAUUUCGGGUUCUGGUGGAGGGAAGACAGUCUCACUUAAAGAAGGAGAAGUUACAACAAUCAAGAUAGAAGUGUCAGCCGAAGAUGGCUCUACUAUCAAGAAUUAUUGCAUUUAUGCAAACAGGCUAUCAGCAAGCGAUGCCUCCCUCUCCGAGUUGAAGCUCUCUUCUGGCCACCUGAGCCCUGAAUUCACCCCAGCAAACACUACCUACACUGUCUCCGUGUCAAGACACUCAUCAUCUAUUGUGAUAACACCAGUUGCUGCUGACAAAAAGACCUUGGUAAAGUUAAAUGGAUCUGCAGAAAAGGUUAAAGACGCUAUUGAUCUCAAUUAUGGAGAAACACUGAUUGAACUAGAGGUGACUUCACCCGAUCAGAGCACAACAAAAGUCUAUUCAAUAAUUAUCUGCGGUCAACAACUAUUAAGAUCAGUUGCAUUUGAAGAUGCUAAGGCUGCCCUUCGGUUUCAAUGUCCUGUUUGUCUUGGUGUGUUAUACCGGCCAAAAUCCAUAGCCGGAAGUCCGUCCAAAACUGUCUAUUGCAAACCUUGUAUAGAUGAGUUAACACGCACAUCCAAGCAAGACCCUUUGGGCGACACCCAGUUAUCUGGGGAAUGGCGUGUGGAUGAACAUGUCAUUGAAAAAGAGAUGGCCUCACAGCUUGUUAGCUGUUGUUAUCGGUACUGGGGAUGUCCUGAGAAGGUCAAGCUGUGUGAUGUUGGCAGGCAUGCCAGUCAGUGUGAGCACAGACCUGUCAUUGUAGAGAAAUCAGGGGAACUUGUAGCUGCAAAGGAUCUUGAAGCAAAGAGUAAGGAUUGUUGUUCUGCAUGUCCUGAUUGUGCAAGACCUGUGCGAUCUAGCGACCUUGACACUCACAAGUCACAUAUGUGCACCAGUAAAGCCACAAGUACCUCUGUCCAGCAUAAACUGGAGGUGCGGCCAUGGGAGAAAAAGCUACUUCAGGAGACAAGUGAAAAGUCAUCUGAUAACCUUGUAAAGACAGCAGGAGAGAUGGUGAAGAACUACUUUGAGAGUCGUCCUAAGUAUGGUUGUGCUGGCCAGUACACAGGAGAGGUCUCACCUCUGCAAUAUCUGAACACAGCAGCAGAAUGGUAUGCCACAUCCAUCAAGAUCUCUCCAAAGAAUGCUCUACUACAUUUCAGACUGGCACAAGUUCUAGAAGAACAACAUUAUGCAGGAGAUCUUUAUGGUCUCAAGCCACCGAAAAACACAGAGAGUGAGUUUGACUUUAAUCUGAAGUCCAAGGAGAGCUCUAAAGAAGAUGACAUCCAGGCAAUCUGUGAGAUGCGUGGAGCAGGAAGAAACGCCCCCCUUUCACUGCAACUAAAGGCCAUUGAUGAGGAAUACCACUACUUGUUAGACCAGGGCAAGUCCGACAGGGCAGAGUAUGUACAGCAGUUGUAUGCCUUCAAGUCAAAGCAAGCACUGCAGGCAAACAAGACUGCCCAGCAAGCGGGCAAUGAAGAAGAACCACUCGGCAAAGCAUAUUUCAAGUAUCUUGAUGCUCUGUCCUGUGGUGCAGAUAACUAUUUGUACAGCCUUCAUGUUGGACGCAUGCUUCUACUGCAAGGCAAACCAGAUGAAGCUGUUAGUAGGCUACAAGUAGCUGUUGGCUUGAAGCCAAAUAAUGUUGAGUGCAGAUAUUACCUUGGAUUAGGUUUAGCACUACAAAAGGGUGGGGCUGGCAAAAGACAAACAGAAGCUGUAGGAUACCUCUCAGAAGGGUUAGAGAGUUUGCUGAUGAACAUCACACAGGAUAACAAACAGGACGAGGAACCACAUUUAGCGUCUGAUGAACUGCUUAACAUCAACAACAUGCAAUGCCUUCAGGGACUGUUGACACUUGCUGGCUUGGUCCAAAUGCUGACACCCGCAACACCUGGGUUGAUGUCGGUAUCCAGCACCUAUCAUGCGGCUGCGCUGCUCUCCAUGCAUGUCCUUAGCAACCUGGUUGCCAGGGGAGAGACAUACCAUGAAGCGGAAUGGAUACUGUUCCAAGCUCACUCUAGUUUGAUCCAGCUCUUAUUGGAGGAGGAGAAUAACAAUUCUGAGGAGAAAGCUGCAAUUGCGCGCAAGUGUGACAACUUGUCAGCCCUGAUUAGGAACUCUACUAUACCUCCUGGGCGGCAGUUGCUGGAAUUACAAGAAAAGACAUGCCAGCAGGCUGUGUUGCUCCAGCCAUCAAACAACAGAUCCUUGUAUCUCUUGGGAGACGCCCAGCUGAGAUCAUAUGACAACGACCCAGCUUCAGAUAAUGGCAAAAGUCUCCUUAAUGAGGCCGAGCAAAGCUUUAGGAUUAGCAUUGAGUUAGAAGGCAAGCCUUCGGGCGGAAAAACAUUGCCAGAAACAAUUGCUAACCAGAGGUGGUAUAAAGAGAAGCAGGCCAAAAAGGAAGCAGAGAAGAAAUCAGGAGAGGGCACCCCCCAGAAAACUGCAGCAUUACCAAGUAAACCAGGGGGAGUUGCAGCUAGGGGUGCACCUGCAGGGAGGGGUGCAGCUACCAGAGGGGCCCCCGCUAGAGGCGGGGUAGCCACUAGAGGCCGUGGUGCAGCAACUGGGGCUCGUGGAGGUGCCGUUUCUCCAAGCAAGACUCCUGCCGCACGAGGCAAACCCUCCCCUGCUAGAGGUGGGCCUUCUCCUGCUAGGGGUGUGGCCACUAGAGGGGCUGCGAAGACUGCAAGUCCAGCUGCAGCAAAGACUUCAGGGCCGCCUGCGAAGUCAGCUUCUAAUCACAAGUGCUCCCCAGCCAAACCGUCAACACCAGCAAGUAAGGAUGCCGCUGCUAAACCACCAACAAGCCCAGCGCCCAAACCUGAAGACGAGGCAACUGGUCCCCCAAACAAACCCUCUUACCAAGCACGUCUAGGACUCGCAAGGGUGCUUGUUCGAAAGGGUGGAGAACUCACAGAGGCUGAAAAACUAUAUGAAGAAGUGCUGAGCAUGGCGCCAGAAGUGCAUGAUGCUUACAUCGAGUUAGCGGACUCCCUAGUCAAGACAGACCCAAUGAAAGCAGUGGAUAUCUACAGUAGGUACCCCUUCAAGGAGCCGCUAACCUUUGACGACGCAUACAUCCAUGGUGAAAUAGUGCGACUGGUGAUGAAGCAAGAGAAGUAUGACGACCCUCGGCUGGGCCCGAGCCUCAUAUCGCUUGGUAAGGUUAUGGGGCUGACAGUGAUUGAGAAGUAUGUGGAUACUCUUGACAAGACCUUCAAGUACAGUAAGCUGCUGUGCCAGGUUUACGCUGGGGUGCACGGCAAGGAUGUGGACGACCCAGAUCUUCAUCAGUUCUUCAAGUUUAAGUGCUGGGUGUAAUCUUUCAGAGACAAGGCUGCGGUAGUUCAAAGUUAUGUCAGAUGAAAAUAGGGGGUGUAAUCUCUCAAGAGUGCGGUAGUUUAAUGUUAUGUCAGAUAAAAGAAGGAGGUCAUGUGUAUUAAGGUUUACAAGUUCUGGGUGUAAUCUUUCAGGAUAUGAGUGUGCAUGAUUGGUGAAAAAGAGGCUAAAGGGUUUGUGUAAGACGUGACGAUAUACUGUAAAUAGAACUUCCAAUAAAUACAUGCUAGAUUA